UUGAUAGAUAAAGACAGCAAGAUGACAAGUUACAAAGCUAUUCUUGUCUGUUUUCUAUGUGUAUAUUUGCAUACUAGCUUUGUGUGUGGAUCUAAGAAGAAAGGUGUUGCUGCGUGGGGUUCUGGGUUACUCUGCAAUGACUUCCUAUCUCUCAAUAAUUUUAACAUUUCUUGGUGGUAUGACUAUAAGAACGAUCUCUCCACCUACCAUAAUGCCGUGACAAACGUGUGUCCAUCAUCCACCCACCACCUUCCUCAAUUUGUGCUGCUGAUCUGGAAAUCGAAAUGGAAUGGCGCUAUACACAUGAACGUUUCCAGCAACGCCCCAUUUAUUUUAGUUCUGAACGAGCCUGACCAGGCAGAUCAGACUAAUAUGACUCCACAAGCUAUUGCUGAACUUUGGCCAGAAAUUGAAAAACACUCUCAUGGGAAACCAAUAGUAAGUCCUGCCGCUGCGCAUCAUAAUUUCCAAUGGUACGAUGAAUUCUUCCGGAUUUGCAAUGGCUGCCGAAUAGAUUAUAUCGCUGCGCAUGCAUAUAGCUGUAAUGCCAAUCAUAUCAUGUCGUAUUUGGAAAAAGCUGUACCACAGAUACAACAAGCUUAUCUGGUUGACGGAGUUUGCGUGUCCACGAUCCACAGAUGAACAUCAGCAAUUACAUUUGAUGAAAACACUGCUACCAAAGCUAGAGGCUGCGAAUUACGUAUUUAGAUAUUCAUGGUUUAUGGCUAGAGUAAAGCGAAUAUUCGGUAGUGGAUUCAUAAAUCCGGCUGCUAGUCUUCUUCAUAAUGACUCAUCCACACUGACGACAAUCGGACACUUCUACAAUAACUUCCACGGCAAUGGACAUUCUCCGCAAGUUGUGGGAUAAUUAUAUUAAAGAUAAAGAUAAAGACGGUUGAAAACAUUUUUGUUCUUCAUACUUCUUUAGCAGAAACGGAAAGACAAAUAGUUUGAAAUUAUUGACGUCUUCGACAUAGAAUAAAUUAUUACCUUUUUCCAGAUAUAAAGAGUGAUUUCAGGUAAA